AGCUGUUUUAUAAACGCGCCAAUCAAUAUUUUGUGUACUCAGCUCAGCGAGAAAUCUUAUUUGGUGCGCAAAAAGAAGUUUUUGUUAACAAAUCGCAAGUUUAUUUUUAUGAAAAUUUAUUGUUUCGACUGUUCUUGUUAAUAUAAGGACUAUAGAAAAUGGAGCUGAUAAGUUCUCCACCUGUAUACCACACUAGUGCUGCGCAAAAAUGUCGAUCGAGAAACGCUGCCCAUCGAUUCAAAUAUGGCUCCCCGAAAUUAGUGGACAUGAUGCGAGAGAAAUGUCGCCUUCGGAUAAAGGAAGCCCGCAAUGACCAUCUGCUCCGGAAGCGUAAUAUUGCAAACGAGGAGAAAGCUUUAUUGGAAUCGAUUGUUCGUCAGGAGCUAUCUGAAAUCGAGAAAGAUAUCGAAUUGCAGGAAUUGAUUUUUCAGGAGCUGAUUGCAGAAACAAACGAGUGGUUGUUCGAAGAAUACGAACGUUCGGAAAAUUACAUGAUCGAUGAGUAUGGGCAAGAUGUAGUGUUCUGCCCGGUUUGCCAAAAACACGAAUUGACACAAGCCGAAUCACAACUGAUUCGAUGCCUUUGUGGUAUGCAAGUAAGACACGCUAACCUCGAAUGUUUUGGAAAAGUGCUACGGUACACCGUGGAUGAACACGAGCCGCGGUGUGGUGCUAGUUUGCAGUUCUUUAUGGAACCAGUAGGAGAAUACGGACAGCUGAAUGCGUUUUGCCCUAGCUGUGAUUACUACAAAAACCUGACGCAGUGAAUCGUUGUUUGUAUAUUUUUGAUUGCUUCUUUUUGUUACUAUUGUUAGACUCACCUCAUUAUAAUGUAUGACAAUUAUUUUUCGGUAAAUUUGAUAUUACGUGGUUCUCUGAAAUUUGAAUUUAUUUUUUGACUGUCUGUUAAAUGUAUGAUGUUGGAUUUAGCUUCAAAUAAGCCUGGUUUCCAAAGAUUUGUCAUUCCCAUACCGAGAAAUAAAAAUUAGGGAGUAAAACGA